AUGUGGGAUGGUUUUGAGAGGAACGGUGCUGACUUCGGAAUCGAUGACUUGGCGCAAGACACGGACACUGCAGCCACAGCCACGCGCGAGAGGCUUGAACGCGAGGCCGAGACAUUCGGCCUAUGGAAUCCACGGCUUGCAGCUGCAGAGACCGGGUUUGGAGAGACGGAAAACGAUGAGAUGCUUAGAGAGUUGUUGGGCGACGAUCCAGAAGGCGAUGAUAUAUUGGCUGAGUUGUUGAAAAACGCCGCACUGUUGCAUGACGAACCUGAGAUAAAUGGCCAUCCUUUGGAUCAGCCCGAAAACGCGGAGAACUCAUCAACUCGUUGUUGGCUUCCAUAUGAAUCAAAAGUGAUGUUUCUCUUGGACUUGAUUGAUAAUCUUCCCCGCCUACGGAUAUCAAGCUCAUUGAUGCGUGUCCUAUUGUGGGUUCUGAAGGAGAUGGGAGUGCGCGAUGUACCAUCCUUGGAUCGGCUGCGAAAGGUGCAGAAACGGCUUCGAGGCUCGAGCGGUGUCGCGUCGCUUGAUUGUGUCUCAGUUCGUGGCAAUCGGUUCACAAUCAACGACCCUGUCGAAUUGGUCGCAAAGGACUAUGCAAAUCCACUCACCGUUCCGCACCUUGAGCGCUACAUUGUCGACCCAUGCGGGAAGAUCAGUGAAGUCUUUCAUGCCCAGAAAUGGCAUCACGACGUACCAUCGCACAUCCUGAGUCCUAUGUACAAUGACCGGCAGCGAAAUCAACACUUCUAUGUCAACGAGUUGGCUUGUAUGCAAGAUGGGACCUUCGUUAUACCCGUUCGGUGGGUGAUGCGAAGCGCAGGCGAUCUCCGAGCUGACGCGUAUCGCGUGAGCAUAUCCUUUGAUGGGAUUGCAUCUGUGCAUGAUCAAGAUUCAACAGAGUCCAUCAAAGCAUGCGACCUGGCAGAGAAUUACCUUUCGCUCGAGGAGAGUCAAAAAUUACCCUCGCGCUGGAGCAACUCUGUUGAUGCCGAAUACCCAGCAAAGAUGCCAAACCCUCUUCGUGAUAUUGCCAAGGGACGCCCGCUCUACACCAGCUUCAUCGACUAUUUCAGCGACGAUGUCUCAGGAAAUCGCUCAAAAUCCUGGAACAAGCACUGGAAUGCGUACAUGACUCAUCGGAACCUUCCGCGCCGUCUACUUCAACAAGAGUUCCAUACUCAUUUUGUGUCGACCUCGCAGCAUGCAAGCAUCGCGGAACAGUUCUUCGAAGCUAAGAAGCGAUUAGAAUCGACGCACACCAACCCCGUCAUUGUCUUUGAUGCCACAACGCAAGAGGAGGCUGCCCUUCGCAUCUACGCAAAUGCAGAGGCGUCAGACAAUCCCGUGUCCAGUGAGGUCGCGUCGCACAUAGGCGGGCAGGGGAAUCUUCUCUGUCGGAAGUGUGAUGCUGGCGGGACUGACAGAGAAAAGGAAAGUAAUGAUGGAUUCGAAAAGCUUUUCUCCCCCGGCAACUUACGGAACAAGGAUGCGAUCAUAGAGCAACUCAUACACCAGAUAUUUGAGGCCUGUUCUGGAGUCGCAAAACGUGUUCAGACAUCGCAGACGGAGACUGGAGUCAAGGACACUUACACGCAAUACUUCAUUGAGAAGAUCAUUGACGAAGCCCGCACCCUUCGGGAUAUGCAACCUGAGAUGACUCUCGAUGAAGUCCAGCAGUUCCUAUGGGCGAAGCAUGAGCCGAACAUGAAGGAGAUGCUCAGUCCGUUUCUCACCCUGGAAGGUUUCGACCCGUCGCAGGAUACCCCUAUCGAGCUUCUACACACAAUCCUGCUUGGUCUAGUCAAAUACGCCUGGCAUCCGACGCACACGAAGUGGAACACCAAACAGAAACAGACAUAUGCUUUACGCCUCCAGGCAACAAACCGGGAUGGUUUGUCCGUCCACCCUAUUCGCGCUAACUAUGUCAUGCAGUACGCAAACUCCUUGAUUGGUCGCCAGCUGAAGACAAUCAUCCAGACCGCUGUCUUCCAUGUCCAUGACCUCGUAGAUCCAACAGAAUUUCAGCUAUGGAAGGUCGUCGGAGAACUCGCUGUGCUUUUGUGGUUUACGGAGAUAUCAGAGACGAACCUCGAGCAAUAUCUGGUUGCGAUUGCCAACGUCCUCGACGUCUUUGCAGGAAUGGACCCGAGCAAACUGUUAGAGAAGAUCAAGUUACAUCUACUCAAUCACAUUUGCAAGGAUAUCCGUCGAUUUGGUCCUCUGCUGAACGAGAUGACAUCUGGAAAAGCUUCAUUUGAGAAUGACAACGAAAUAUUGACAAUAAUCAGCAAUUCUAGGUAA